AUGAAAAUCAGUAAUUUUCUACCAGAAUCAAUACCACAAGUGCAUACCGAUUCCGGUAAACAUCGUGAACGGGAUUCUAAAAAGCAACGUCGUAAUCGAACAACGUUUACUACGUAUCAGUUGCAUGAAUUAGAACAGGCUUUUGAAAAAUGUCACUAUCCAGACGUUUAUGCUCGAGAACUGUUGGCCCAAAAAGUGAAGUUACCAGAAGUUCGAGUUCAGCUUCUGGAAAAUCUUGAUUUAAACGAGCCUAACUACGGAGUUUCAGUCAAGCAAAAGAAGCAGUAA